AUGUGUGUUUACUUUGUGUCUGCCACGAGUGUGCUAUGUGUGUUUACUUUGUGUCUGCCACGAGUGUGCUAUGUGUGUUUACUUUGUGUGAACUUUGUAUGUGUACGUUGUGUGUAUUUACUUUGUGUCUGCCACGAGUGUGCUAUGUGUGUUUACUUUGUGUCUGCCACGAGUGUACUAUGUGUGUUUACUUUGUGUGAACUUUGUAUGUGUACGUUGUGUGUAUUUACUUUGUGUCUGCCACGAGUGUGCUAUGUGUGUUUACUUUGUUGUGCUAUGUGUGUUUACUUUGUGUGUAUUUACUUUGUGUCUGCCACGAGUGUGCUAUGUGUGUUUACUUUGUGUAUAUUUACUUUGUGUCUGCCACGAGUGUGCUAUGUGUGUUUACUUUGUAGCGGUGAUGCUAUGCGUACACCAUUUAGAUUUAUCAUUACCAAACCUCUGAAGAAUGAGAAUGAUGAAUACUAG